UAGAUGUCAAUCAUUCCCUCCUGAACCAUUAAAUUAUGUUUUUUUCAUGCAUUUUAUUUAAAUGUUUUAUUUAGCAAUCACUACCACUACCACCCCAGCACCGACAACAACAUCAACAACAUCAACAACAGUAGCGACACAGAUGACGACAAACAUCACUGGUGAUGGAUUAACUACUACUAACAUACAAGCUUCUACUAACCGUACAACAAGUCUAUUAUCUCCACCUCCUACCAAAAACUCCUCUGGUCCCCCGGAUUGGCCGAUUCCUGUUGGUAGUGCGGCUGGUGUGGUAGUAAUUGUAGUAGUGGUGGUCAUCGUAGUUCUCUCUCGGAAGAAAUCUAAGACUACAAACAAGUCCAGCUCCUCUUCUUCUGAGCAGAGGGCUGUAGAUAAAACGUAUGACCAAAGGGCACAAGUCAAUCCUGCUUUUGUGAAUUCGGAUUACAGUGAAAUUCAAGGCAAAGGUCCUAAAGAAAUCGUGCCCAGUUCACAUGCCCAGCAAAAUCCUCCCAGUAGUCAAAAUGAUUCUCAAGGAGAAACAGUUUCCUCUAAAUCUCCAAUGACGAUUCCUAGACCUAGUGAUAAUUUAUCACGUAAUUCGACACAGGAUCAGUUCUGGGAAGAAAAAUUGUAGCUUUAUGUCCAAAAAUGGUCCAACUACCACCACUCCGCCUACUACUACUACCACCCCGACUACUACUACCCCAACCACAACCACUCCGACUACUACCACUACCACUCCGACUACUACUACCACUCCGACUACUACUACCACUCCAACCUCUACUGUGUCAGCUACCACUAACAUUUCAAUUACAACAAUAGCUCCAGUUACUCAAACUCCUAAUCCAACUACAAUAAAAAAGUACACGGAUGAAGAAUUAGGAGCAAUCAUUGGAGGAAGUGUGGGCGGAGCUUUCCUACUCUGUUGUGUAGGACUUGGAAUAUUUUACUGUUACCGACUACAAAACAAGGACUCUGAUCCUAAGGCUGGCCAGAGAAAGGACAGAAAAGAAAAAACAAGAAAGCCUCCAAAAGAGGACAAGCAGAGGGGUAGGGUGGAGAAGGACAAUGCGAAAUUGUACUACAAUGGUCAGGCUAAAAUGGUUAAUCCGAGGCAAUUUAAUGACAACAAGUCCAAUGCUUACAGGAAUAAGGCCUACCAACAGGAUCAUUACCAUGAUGAUCCUCAUCAUACCAGGAGGACAAGGUCAAAUGGACACUUUGUCAGCUCUCAGGGUUACAGAGGUCAUAGGUCAGACCCACGUGGACAUUUUGUUAGCUCUCAGGAUUACAGAGGUCAUAGGUCAGACCCACGUGGACAUUUUGUCGGCUCUCAGGAUUACAGAAGUCAUAGGUCAGACCCACAUGGACACUUUGUCAGCCCACACAACCACAGAGGUCAGAGGUCAGACCCACGUGGCUAUUAUCCUGAUAAUGUUCCUCAAAGAAUGUACCACCCAGCUCGUCAAACAUAUGAUGGCAGAAAUCUCUAUCCAAAUGUUCCAACUAUAUGCAUCCCAGAGGUGAAGAAUAUAUGUACUACUAAAACGUGCAACAGAAAUUCAUGCAGUGUAGCGACUGAAUCCAAAACCAUUUAUCUGCAUUGCUUUCUAUGAAGACCAUAUACAUGUACUGCUCAAAGAAGUGCUUCGCAUUUUGGAUUUUAAUGCAUUCCAAGAGAUUAAUAAGUGAUACAUAUCAAAAUUGUUUAGCUAUCAUGAGAAGAAGAAGUAUAUAAACACCAUGUAAUUUUAGAACUUAUAAAUUGGAUUUGAACAUCAAUCCGAUAAUAUGGAGCAUUUUCCGCAAAUAACCUGCUUUUAGGUCUGGUGUUUAUAUAGCGUUUGGACCUGCAUUCUUUUCUCAUAGAUAGCAAACAGCUUUCCAUAUUUAUAUGUAUGCAUCAAAUAUCAGAUACGAAGUAUUCUGCCUUCACUGAAUCACUGAAACAAAAGUGGAAAGUAGAUAUAACAGUGUUUUGUGUUAACAGCAUUCCAAUACAAUCAUGGACAUUUGUUGGAAACAAUUUCUCUCGUGGUGCCACCUGGAUGGAUUUUAUGUAAUUUUAACUGAUCACCAUGGUAUUAAUCACGACAAUUCAAAUGCUGCAUAUGAUUCCAUAUGUUGGAAAUAACCUUUUUUGCCAUUUACAGAGGGAGAACUCAAAGCCAACAACAGUAGAUCUCAUCCGAUCUGUCCAACAACAGUGGUUCUGGUGUUUUUAUCAUGGAUUCAGUCCGUCAUCUAAAAUUCAUCCGUUGGACCUCCAUGGAUUUUUUUAUAUCUUAUUUAAAUUAUCUGGAUGAUGAUUGACAGGUUUUUUUUCUUGUGACCUGGUGGUAGUCUUGUCGUCUGGCCAUCUAUCCAGCAGCAACUUUAACAAAAGAAAAAAAAAAUCUUCUCAAUAACAAAGAGACCUGAUAUCGGGCCUGUAGCUACCUAGCAUGUUAGGGUGAAGGGCUAAUGAGUUUGUUUAACUGAGUGACCUUGGCCCUAUAUAUUCAAGGAUACAGGUGUCAAAUGUGUAAUUCUUCUUAUCUAAAUAAACAAGAGAGCCAGGAGUUCAUGAUAUGAUUCAUGUAGUUGCCGAUACUAUGCCAAGUUGAAGGGAUACACUUAGCCUUCUCUCAUUUUGAAAUGAAGAUUGUAUUCUGCCUAGCAGUCAUAUGAAAGACAUGGAUUAACUUAAAAGUUACAUUAGUAGGAGACGAGCAAUACAGGCCCAUCAGACCUCUUGCUGUUAUCAGAGAUAUGAUAACUGGCAGUAGAUUUUGCUUAUACCCUCAAAUUAUCAUUUGACUCAUUUGUAAAGAAAGAUAGUUGCAGAUUUAUGCUGUCAUAUGACAGACUGUUCAGAACUGAAAAUAUUCAUUUUUUUAAACUCUGUCAUGAGAUACGACUUUCACUUUGGUCAAUUAUGAUAAAGAAUUAUAAUUCAUGACUUCAUUGCUUGUAAAUUAACAAGAAACAUACACAAGGCUUUAUCUGAAAUGGUGCAUCACUGAGAUUUUUCUUGUUUCGUUAACCUAAAAUUUGUAUUUAGUUAUUAACCAACAAACCUUGUCAAGAUUUUAAAAAAGUAGUUGUCGGGUGGUAACUUUUGCUGAUUUUGUUUGAUUUUAACCAAUUUCUUUAAACUUUGUAAUCUAUGACAUGAAAUUGUACUUUUUUUGACAUUUUCAUCAGAAAUCAUUGUUUCAUUUCCAUAUCUGUACUCAUUUGGUACUCUACGUUGUAUAUACGCUGUAUAGUAAUAUCUUUAGGGGUUUGUUGGUUCAUAUGAACAAUUAUGUUUUAAUUCAAACUUAACACUUAGUAGCUUUAAUCUAACAAACAUUUUCAUUAUGUUUACUUCAAUAUAUUUCUUUGAAUCAAAGCAGACUACAGACCACACUGUCAAACUACAGACAAAACACUGUCAAACUACAGACAACACUGUCGGACUACAGACAACACUGUCAAACUACAGACACAACACUUUCAAACUACAGACAACACUGUCAAACUACAGACAUGACACUGUCAAACUACAGACACAACACUGUCAAACUACAGACACAACACUGUCAAACUACAAACACAACACUGUCAAACUACAGACAACACUGUCAAACUACAGACAUGACACUGUCAAACUACAGACAACUCUGUCAAACUACAGACCACACUGUCAAACUACAGACACAACAUUGUCAAACUACAGACAACACUGUCAAACUACAGACAUGACACUGUCAAACUACAGACACAGCACUGUCAAACUACAGACAUAACACUGUCAAACUUCAGACAUGACACUGUCAAACUACAGACACAGCACUGUCAAACUACAGACACAACACUGUCAAACUACAGACACAACACUGUCAAACUACAGACACAACACUGUCAAACUACAGACACAACACUGUCAAACUACAGACAACACUGUCAAACUACAGACACAACACUGUCAAACUACAGACACAACACUGUCAAACUACAGACACAACACUGUCAAACUACAGACACAACACUGUCAAAC